AUGACUGUGUCCGAGUACAAGAGAAGGUUUCAAGAACUAUCCGAAUUCUACAUGCACAUGAUUCCCGACGAUCAUGCGAAGAAGGUGAGAUUCAUAGAUGGCUUGAACGAAAACAUAGCCCUCACCCUUGCUGGAUCAGUACAUCCCACUUAUCAGUCCGCCAGAGAUGCAGCGCUGGAGCUAGAGAGACAGGUGGAGAUGCGCAAACCCUCGAGGCGUAGAUCAUUCGAAGGUUCAUAUAGUGGAGCGCCUAGUCAAGGAGUAUCCAAGAAGAGCCAUAGUUCAGGCUCAUCGGAUGCUGUUUUGGACGGCGUAGAUUUCCACAUUGAGGGUGGAAACUUUUAUUAUUAUGACAAUCUUGCUCGUUACAUGAAGGAAUUAUUCGACCAAAAACAAACACAAGCUUACUAUCUAUCCGCAGUGCCUCAUUGUCAUUACCCUGAUUAUUAUCUUGGGAAUGCCAUUGACGAGGGGCUUUUCGACUUCAUUUGGGUUCAGUUCUAUAACAAUCCUUCAUGCAAGAAUAGUUUUGUGUUUGGUCUUGAUAAACUUUUAUUUUCAUGGAAUCAUUAUUGGAUUCACUCGAAUGCAUCGCAGCUGUUUCUAGGGUUACCAGCAUCCAUUUAUGCUGCUAGAAUGGGCUGA